AUCCCUCUCUACCCCUCUAUAAAAGCCUCACUUCAUCUCCUUCAAAUUUCAUUCUUCUUCACCUGAUUCAAUUCAUUCAGCUGUACGUAUUAGUCUAUAUUCUCUUUCCUUCACUUCAGCUUUCAUGUCAGAGAAACAAGCCCACUUGAAUGGAGCCUAUUACGGCCCAUCAAUCCCGCCGAGAGAGAACUACCACCGCCCCGGCCGCGGCGGAGGUCCCCUCAGCUGCUGCUGUAGCUGCAUCUUCGGUCUCGUCUUCAAGCUCAUCUUCUCCGCAGUUGUCUUCAUGGGGUUAGCCUUCCUCGUCUUCUGGCUCAUAGUCCGCCCCACCAGAGUCAAGUUCCACGUAACAGAUGCCACUCUCACACAAUUCAACUUCUCCACCGAUAGCAACCUGCACUACAAUCUCGCUCUCAACCUCACCAUCCGAAACCCCAACAAGAAAAUCGGCGUUUACUAUGAUCGCAUAGAAGCCAGAGCUCUUUACGAGGACCAGAGGUUUAGUACGGUCACUCUGACCCCAUUUUACCAAGGCCACCAAACCACAAACGUUUUGAACCCGGUGUUUCAGGGACAGCAAUUGAUUGUUGGAUCCAACUUUCUUGAGGAGUUUAAUCAACAGAAGAGUGCUGGAGUUUACGAGAUCGAGAUGAAGCUUUAUCUGAGGAUUCGGUUCAAGUUGGGUAGAAUCAAGACCGGAAAGUUCAAGCCUAGAAUUGAAUGUGACUUCAAGGUUCCUUUGAGUCAGAAUGGAAAUUCAGUUAGUACUUUUCAGACUGAGAAAUGCUCAAUUGAUUACUUCAAUUGAUAAUUUCUGGUCAUAUAUGAUUCUAUGGUGGAGCAGGGGACUUCAUUUCUUGUUUAUUCAGAUGCAUUGAGAGGCCAGGGUAUCUGUCUUUAGGAGAGUCCUAUAGGUAGUCUUGAUUCUUUUAUUUAUUCUAUGGUGUAUUUGAUUCUCAAGUUUCAGUUUUUCUUGUUUCACUAGGAAGAUGGCCGACUUCGGUUUCUUUUAUGCACAGGAGAACCCGGAUUACAUGAUAUUCAUACUUUUAAUUAUCUUUUGGUCGGAAUAGUGAUGAUCGUUUUAUUUA